AUGUCAGAACUCAGUCAAGUUCCAACGGGCGCACUUGUUUCCAUUCCCAAAGAUUCCAUUGCUCCAGUUACAAAGUUGACGCAAUAUCCUAAAUGGUUUGGCGGUUCAGCAUCUUGUCUUGCAGUAGUCUGCUCGCACCCACUUGAUCUCGUCAAGGUUCGCCUUCAAGCUACACCACCAUCGGAACGCAGAAACGUCUUUGAAACGGUGCUUCAGAUCUUACGCAAAGAGGGAGCAUCGGGGCUAUAUCGAGGAUUAUCUGCAGGUCUGCUCAGGCAAUUAACUUACGGUUCGACGAGAUUCGCAAUCUACGAAUCCAUCAAGGAGCGAGCGGCGCGACCCAACAAUGAGCCGACCUCAAUGAGCAUUCUCCUGACUGCUUCUGUCUUCUCUGGGGCAUGCGGUGCUUUGGUCGGCAACCCAGCGGACAUUGCAAACGUCCGCAUGCAAAACGACAGAUCACUUCCUCCUCACCAACGACAAAACUAUCGCAACGUGGUUGAUGUACUCGUGCGCAUUGCCAGGCAAGAUGGAAUACCAGGGUACUUCCGCGGCGUCUUGCCCAAUUCUAUUCGUGCCGGUGCCAUGACUGGUUGUCAGCUCGGAUCUUACGACGGGAUCAAGCAAGCCUUGAUAACCAAUGCCGGGUUGACGGACAGCGUGCCCACGCAGCUCUUAGCAUCUCUUCUUGCGGGCUUGAUCGCCACCACCAUCUGCAGCCCGAUUGACGUGAUCAAAACGAGAACCAUGAGCCAAGAAGGGAAAGCUUCGAUACUGGUAAUGGCAAGGCAGUUGACGCGUUCGGAGGGUAUGCGCUGGGUAUUCAGAGGGUGGGUUCCUAGUUUCGCACGACUUGGGCCGCAUACUGCGGCGACUCUUCUGCUCUUGGAACAGCACAGGUCGCUGUACAAAAGGUACAUGGGUAUACAGGAUUAG